UGUGGUGCUGCCGCUCGGCUGGCGGUGCUGUUCGGUAGCCAGCCAGCUAGUCACCGGAGCUCCGUAUAAAUUAUCACAUUUUACUGUGUUUGUCACCGACCUUAGGCUGGUGUUGCGUGGCCGCUGACAAACACAACAUGCGGUUGUCGGUGCGUAAUGAGCGGCAGCACACGUACACCUAGCAUCAAACAGCGGGUAGUUGUGCCAAGCAGCGGCUGCUAGCUCGCUAACGUUCGGCAUCUUUUUUUUUUUUUUUAAUUUAAACCGACAACGUUAACCACAUCAGCCGUCAUGUUCGCUCCGUCCUCCGGUUUGCCUGCUUUAGUUUGCUGCGGUCUCGCUUCCCCCCUCGGGGCAGAAAUAACCGUCGGUUAGAGCCCCCCCCCACCAGCUAAAGAGCAUGACCCCCACGAAGUGAGCUAACGGUGCUGCUGUUAGCGGCUAACUUAGCCGGUGAUGCUAGUAGCAGAGUCAGUCCACGCCGCCCGCAGCUGAAGUCAUGUCCGUCCCAUGGAGCUGAAGUGUUCCUCGGCUUGCCGAAGAUGACGGGCCGCCUGAGCCGGGUUUUUGUGCCUCUGUCUGCAGGAGGCGGAACAUGGCAGGCGAGGAAGAGCGGAACAAAGACCUGAGUGCGCACAAACUGCUGGGCGAGAAGGUGCUCCGCGAGCAGAAUGGAAGGAUCGGUAUAGUGCGGACUCUCCACAGCCCGUUGAAAACCCAGACCACACUGCAGAUUCAGUCCAUCACCCGCUCAGAAUGUGCUGGCUCCUGUCCAAAUCUGACGAUGAGUAGGAGCGAGCACGCCGACGCGAGGCCCGUCCCCGUGGCCCUCACCCCCCAGCUCCCCCACAGAGCUCACCGGCCCCUCUGCAUGUCGGUCUCCUCCGACAGCAGCGGACGCUUCAAAGCUCUGGAGACGCAGGAGUGGAAGAACAACCUCAAAGCUCAGAUGGAGCAGGCCCACAGUGCAGGAGCUGCCAGCAGCACAGGCUCUCUGGAGCGAGCGUCUCUGUUCUGCGCCUCGGCUUCCACCACGGCGUCCAGCUCCGGCCUGUCCAGUCCGGUGGAGAUCCUCAACAAGAGCAAGUCCUCCAGCCGUUUCUCUCUCUUCUCUCCGCCCUGGAACAGCAGCUCUGAGUCCGACUCCAACCCUCCGUCCCGUUCAGGUUCCAAGAAGCUGCGCAACUACAGCCGGAGAGCUGCCACGGGGCCGGCAGGAGCCAGGGGCCCCGAUACGCCUGAGCCCAAACCCAGCGGCCCCGAACACUUCCAGUACUCUGAACCCGUCAUCUCCAAGGUUACGGACUACAUCUAUGUUGGCAACCUGAACGCGGCAUACAACGGGCGCACCCUGUGCCGCAACAACAUUGACAGUAUCAUCGACAUGAGCAGUGUGCCCGGAGAACAGGGUCCCAGCCUCAGCCUCAUACCCUGCACCUGCUCCCGCGGCACCCGACACAGCUGGUCCCGCCUCAAGGUGGACAUCGGGGACGUGCCGGACGCUCUGGGCGACGGCCCGGCCCUAAAGCAGCGCUGCUUCGAGGACAUCAAUGAGUGCAUCGACGCGUCCACCGAGAAGAGGAAGCGUGUCCUGGUCCACUGCCGGGACGGGUUCUCCCUGGCGCCGACGUGUAUCAUCCAGUACCUGAUGGUGAAGCAGAACAUGAGGUUGAUUGCCGCCUACGAGCUGCUGAGGGCCAAGUACCCGGUCAACAUCAGGGAGUGCCACCAAAAUGUGCUGGUAAGCCUGGAGAGGGCGCUGCGGCCCAGGGGCAACGUCGACCCCGAGUGCUUCAAACAGGCCAUCUCACGCAAAGUGGCGUGGACCUGACUCGGUUUCCCAACACGCUCGGCUGCUGCUUGAGGCUCUUUCUUCAUCCGCCCUCCCACGGUAUUUGAUAUUUUCCUAGAAGCAUCCAAGGGCAGCUGCACUUUCCCCUCUAGACUGGAUAUUGUUGUCCCCACUUGAGUCCAGUGGCUGUAAAACUUAUGAAUUUGAUGUAUUUCCUCUUCAAACCUGUAAAUGUGACCUGGCUGUGAUGCCCCCCCCCACAGAACAGGAGACGCAAUAGACUUCACUGUAAUGUAUACAGCUUCUGGGUAUAACGAUGUAAUAGUGUUGGCUGUACAGUUGAUAUAGUCCGGCUUUAGUUCUGUGCCAUGCCGUCAUGGUGAUGUUUUAUAUCAGGGGAAUCUCUUAACGGGACAUCUCAGGAGAAUAUCGAUGUCAUUUCAUUACAGGGUCGGAAAGUACUCACGAGAUUAGUCUGCGGCCGGGUUCGCUCCUGGAAAUAAAAUGCAUCUUGGUGAGCUGUUCGUAGCACGUAGGGUUUGGUGAUAUGUUCGAGAGGGUUGGAAAGGCCACUAUCAGUUUAGAUGAAUCUCGAUCAAUCGUUUUACGUAGAUCUGCCCCAACCGAUACAGCCCUUUGAGGCAGAGCUUUGAUUUCGUGUUGUCAAAACAUUUCAAUUGAGGACAGGUGGUUGAAUGAGCCGAACUUAAGCGUGACACCUCAAAGUGUGCUCCAGUGGUCUGUUAUU